AUGACAAAGAGCAAUGGAUAUGAUGGCGGAGAAGUACAGAAAUUGCAAAAUGGAAUUUCCACUGAUGCAUCGGAGGAUUCUGAAGCUGGGUCAGGAAGUGUGAAGCCAACGAGGACUUGUGAUACUACAACAAUGACCCUUAUUGAAUAA